AUGAUGGUUGGAUGGAGCUCGAUCACGUUUACGUGUGACACCCCAACAUUCCCAGCAAAAGAGAAGCUGAACAAGAGCAUGUUCCAAUGCUGAUCGCUGCAUGAAAUUCUCUCGCUGUUGUUGAGCGAGGUGCUCCUCUGGUCAUGCUGCAAGGUCGUGUUAGCAGUCGCAAUGCUCGCACACCUUCGCGGCAAGCACGCAGUCACAUUGUUCGAUCUGACAUUUCAGACUCGUCGUCGGAUGCUGCCGAGGAUACACCAAGCAAAACUCUCACUAGCAGCACUGGACGAGGGCUGUGGGAUCGUUCCUCUCGACCAGGGACCAAGCAGGCGAAUCACCAAGAAUCAGAUUCUGAAAUCAGCAUGUCGAGCGACGAUGGUUCAGUUUUGAAUCGACGGAGAGACGCCUCGAGCUAUGCAGCUGAUGGGCG